AGUUGCUGGCUUGCUGCUAAAAAAGAACGUCUAAACGAAAAGGGCAUGAUGAGUAAAAAAGUGGCUAUAACAGGUGCUGGGGCCAGUGGACUAACAGCAAUCAAGAGCUGUCUAGAAGAAGGUUUGGAACCAACAUGUUUUGAGAGAAGCACUGAUAUUGGUGGACUUUGGAGAUUCACAGAUGAUAUUGAAGAAGGAAGAGGCAGUAUAUACAGCUCUGUGGCAACCAAUACCUCCAAAGAGAUGAUGUCUUAUAGUGAUUUCCCUAUGCCAAAUGACUUUCCUGUAUAUCCACAUCACUCAAAGAUAUUGGAAUACCUCCAACUUUAUGCGGAGCAUUUCAAUCUACGGAAACAUAUACAGUUAAAUACUGAAGUUUGCAGUGUGACGAAAAAUUCAGAUUUUGACACAACAGGACAAUGGAAUAUUGUAACAGAAAAGAAUGGCAUAAAGGAACUAGCUACAUUUGAUGCAGUUAUUGUCUGUAGUGGCCAUUUUUCAGAUCCUUAUUUACCUCUUAAUUCAUUCCCAGGUAUAGAACUUUUCAAAGGCCGCUACAUUCAUAGUCGAUUUUAUAAAACCUCUGAAGAUUACCGUGGAAAGACAGUGUUAAUAGUGGGCGCUGGCAACUCUGCUGGAGAUAUAGCUGCAGAAAUCAGCUUUACAGCUAAACAGGUCUUUCUCAGCACCAGGCAGGGGGCCUGGAUUGUCAGUCGCAUAUCACAUAAUGGAUUCCCUAUUGACAUGGUCCUUUUAAGACGCUGGACUACUUGGCUAAAGAAUUUGCUUCCUUUUGCUCUUUCAGCCAAGUUGAAUGCAAAAAUCUUUGGCAGGUGGUUUGAUCAUGCAAAUUAUAGUUUGGAACCUAAAAACAGGUUGAAAAACCCAGUUGUGAAUGAUUACCUGCCAUGCCAAAUACUUCAUGGACUGAUCAAGGUGAAACCCCAAAUCAAAGAAAUUAAAGAAACAUCUGUUAUCUUUGAAGAUAAUACUGAAACUGGCAGGUUGGAUGAGAUUAUUUUUGCUACUGGGUACAAUGCCACAUUCCCUUUUAUUGAUGAUCCUGUCAUGAAAUUGAAUGACAACCCGGUGUCUAUGUAUAAAAAUGUAUUUCCAAUUAAUUUGGCUAAACCAACAAUGGCUUUCCUGGGACUCAUCCAACCACUUGGAUCAAUUCUGCCAACAACAGAAAUACAGGCUCGGUGGGCAGCCAGAGUGUUUAAAGGUGCAGCUCAGCUCCCUUCAACUGGAAUGAUGGAAGCAUAUGCUAUAAAAAGCAAUAAAAGGAAUGAAAAAUGGUUUGGGAGUGGAAAAACACAGAUCUUUCAAACACAUUAUAUUGAAUACAUCGAUGAGGUUUCUAAGGAGAUUGGAAACCAUCCCAAGAUACUUAGUCUCUUUUUCACAGAUCCUAGGCUGGCAUUAAAAAUCUUCUUUGGCCCUUGCACAUCUUACCAGUACCGUUUAACUGGGCCAGGAAAAUGGCAUGGAGCCCGCGAAGCAAUUUUGACACAGUGGGACAGAACACUAAAUGCAACUAGGACCCGUGUUAUUUCUAAGAAUCAUGGUACUAGGUCAGUUUUGCCCACUCUACUGGUAUUUUGCACUUUAACUGCAGCAUUAUACCAUCGUUAUAAACAGUUGUCCUUAAAAGAAAAAAAAUUGUAAUCAAUAUUUUUCAAUGAUUACAAAAAUUGCCCGAAACACCAUUUGGAAAAACCACCAGAGUGAACAAAAAAAACAAGC